CUUCAUUGAAUCGUUUCUUCCAAAAGUUGACCUCUGACAGAGACAUAGCUACGAAAGCUUCAAAGCGCACCAAGUCAAGAUGAGUCGAGUUGCUGUGGUUACAGGAGCAAACAAGGGUAUCGGCUUAGCCAUAGUCAAGGGACUGUGCAAGCAGUUUGAUGGGACAGUGUACCUCACUGCUAGAGAUGAGAGCAAAGGACAGGAAGCAGUGAAGGAGUUGAAUGAGCAGGGAUGUCAGCCCAGGUUCCACCAACUAGACGUCUUGUCGCUGGAUAGCAUCCACAGGUUCAAACAACACCUUGAAAAAGAGCACCAAGGGCUGGAUGUGCUGGUGAACAAUGCUGGGGUGAUGUAUGGGCGUAGCAAUCCCACACCUUUGGUGGAACAAGUUGAGGUUACCAUGGGAAUCAACUUCUUUGGUCUCCUGAAUCUUACCAAGGCGUUGAUGCCACUGCUGAAACCUCAUGCCAGAAUUGUGAAUGUUAGCAGCGGGUUGGGAGACCUGUCUUACGUCACCCCUGAACGCAGACAGACCUUCCAAUCAAAACAGCUGACUGAAGAGGAGCUGGUCCAGAUGAUGGAGCAGUUUGUCAGUGAUGUGAAAUCAGGUGUGCAUGAAGAGAAAGGAUGGAAGAUGGAGCCACUGGCGUACCGUGUGUCCAAAAUGGGUGCGACAGCCCUGAGUAUGGUGCAGCAGAGGCAGUUUGAUGCUGAUCCAGCAGCAGACAUUGUUGUCAAUGCUGUAUGCCCAGGCUGGGUGAGAACAGACAUGGGAGGUCCUAAUGCAGGAAGAUCAGUGGACAAAGGAGCUGAAACACCAAUCUACCUGGCCUUGCUCCCUCCCAAUGUGAGCAGUCCCAGAGGGGAAUUUCUGCGGGACAAGAAGAUCCUCAGCUUCUAGGAAACAUGCAGAAACUGUGACCAAUGUUUGCAAGAAAUAUAAUAUGCUGAUGAUUUUGUAAUAUUGUGCCAGAAUUGUUGUCAUUAUCCUCAUUUACUGAUUUGAGCAUUCUGAUGAUUACAAAUUGCAUUUGAAGUUGUUACAUUCGUGUGCGAAAAUGUUUGGAACUGCGGUACUUAACUACCUCAUCUAAUGCUGUAGUACCAUUAUGAGUUCCAAGGAAGCGCUAUUGUACUGUACUAUGGACAGCUACUGUACUAUGAGGGGUUCAUGAUGUGCUGUGGACACUUGUUUUCAUCAAACGGUUCUGAGCACCGUAGUACAUGGUCUUUCGGUACAAAUGCCAAAUGAAUUCAAUAAAGAGACAUAAGAUUUUACA